CAACGCCUCGCUCGUCCUCAUCAUUGACGCGAGAAGAACACGAGGCCUGACGAGAGAGAGAGAGAGAAGGAAAGGGGUCGAGAGACGAGGACGAGAUGGCAUCGGAAGCAGUCAAUGAGGUCGGCAGUGUGCUGGUGCCUGCCCUGUUGGAAUGUCUCGAGGUGCUCUCGACGUUGCGCACCUCGCACUCGCACUCGGAUCUCCUUCUUCCUCCCGACCUUGCCGCACAGACAAUAUCGCCCAGGAUCCAAAGUGCAAAAGACGCGAUCCAAUCUAUAGAGGGAAUUGGGAGUGGUGAUGACCUUGUCAAAGAUGAGUGCGGACUCGAGGCGAGGAAGUUUGCUUUCGGCGCCCUGGAUGAAGUGGACGGAGCAGAGCUGUCCAACUCGACAGCAAAGGGGCUCUUCGAUCGUCUGGAUAUCGUCAUUGCGCUCGAGUCUCAUGGCAUCAUCGAUAUGAAUUUGCCACUCCUCAUCCACGAAGAGCUCCUCGAGCGGCUCACGAUCCCCUCGUGCUCUCUUCUCUUCAACUUCAUCGAAUCAAGAGCAGACCAGCUGACAGCAGGCCUGGUGCCUUCCAAGGGCAAGGGCCUCACACUUCUGCGUCUGUGCAACGAUGUCAUUCGGCGUCUUUCCAAGCCCACACGGUCUCACACCAUCUUUGCCGGUCGGGUUCUGAGCCUGCUCAGCGCUGUGCUACCUCUGGGCGAAAGAAGUGGCGUCAACUUGCGGGGCGACUUCAACGUGGACAACAAAACGGUCUGGGAACAAGUGGCAGACAAUGACGAUGAGGUGUCAAGCAAGCAAUCGCCCGAAGCCCAGGCCGAGCAGGAGCCCACCGAGAAGGAUGGCGAAACCGCAGAGGAGGAAGGCGAGAAGCGUAGCAGCCGCGAAGACACCGCCACCGCCUCCUCCGUCAAGGCUGGGGAGGAUCAGCACAAACAAUCGGACGAAGAGCUGCUGGACUCGUUAAACGACCCGCGGUUCUACUCGCUCUUUUGGAAGCAGCAAGACUACUUCUCGAAUCCAUUGCUCCUCUUUUCAGAAGAGCAGCAAGGGGAAGAGAGUGUGGUCGUCUUGCCAAAAGGCUGCGUGGAUCCAGCGCCUGAAGGACAAAAAGGCCCGAUGCGGACUCUUCGACUGGCGACCCGAACAACGCUGAGCCUGUUUGCCGCCGUCGCCCGAAAGGAGAGGGAGCUGGCUGGCAAGGCGGAGAAGGAAGAGGCUGCGAAGCUGGGUGGUAGCUCUGCGCCAUCGACCUCGGAUCUUUCUUCGGCAAAGAGGGGCAAUCGGGGCGCGAAGCGGGGUUCGAAGCGGAAGGCCAGCGAAGACAACAUGGACGUCGACGACAACGAGGCGGUCGAAGUCAAGAACGACGGCGAUGACGACUACUUUCCCAAGUACCUGACGGGGAGAAACCUGCUCGAAUACGAGGUUCGAGACGAGAAAUUCCGUCGACACGUCCUGGUUCAAUACCUCAUUCUCUUCCAGUAUCUGCUGGGCUUCACAGCUGCGCAGCGCGAAAAGGCAGCCGGCUGGAAAAACCAGGCGCUGGCCACCUCGACGGCAUUUGUGCUCGACGAGGCCGACGACCGGUGGCUGAGGGACACCUGGAAAGAGAUUGUACAGCAGCUGAAGCAGACGCAUUCAUCCUCGUCGUCUUCGUCUCCUGCCGGCCAUAAGACGACGAUCGCGACGACAAUGACAGAGGAAGGCAGACUGUUCUCGGACUCGGUGUUGCAGGUGCUUCGCCGAGAGCAGCGAUGGCUGAGCUGGAAAGUAGACAGCUGUCCUCCUAUCGACAAGGCUGGCCUGACGCUUGAGCAAAUCGACCGUUUCAUCGGCAAUGACACGCUCCGGGCUACGCUGAGGGUGCUCCGCCCCUUUCCACACAAGGUCGGCACGGCCGCCCUGUCGAAUUUGUGGGAAGAUGGCGUCAAGAGACCAGAGCCAAGCAAGCGGACGAUGGAGGACGCCGAAGGCAACGAGGUCCAGGUUGACGUCGACGGGCUGGACGACCUUGAGUGGCCGCCGACGAUUCCUUCGCUGGAGCAGUAUGCGGACCGGAUCAAGUCACUGGAGGCAAAGAUGGAGUCCAGACGGCAGGACCUGGGAUUCGAAGCGCCCGCCAAGAUCAAGGCGCUGGGCCUCCAGAUUGGCGCCGAGGUGCGAGAGGCCGAGGUGAAGCGCCUGAAGCGCGAGGCCGAGGACGAGAGCUUGGCAGAGUGGAACGACCAGAGGGCGGGCUUGAGCUGGAAGGCGAUGAGGCUUGCGAGAAAUGCCCAUGUGGCCCAGUUCGCAAAGGUCAAGGUCGACGAUGUCCUGGCCAUCUACAGAAAGGAGGAGGAGGUACCAGCAGCAGAGAAGGAGAAGAAGGAGGGUGACGUGGCGAUGAAGAGCGUGGCGGAGGUGGUGGCGCCUAAUGAAGCGACUGCUGCUACCACUUCAUCUGGGGAGGCGGAGACCGUGACAUCGGAAGCGCCAACGGACGGAAAAGAAAGUAUGCAGGAGGGCGAAAAGGCAGAGAGCGGCACUGCCGAGGGCGGCGAGAAAACAGACCAUGCAGCGCCAGAAGCGGCACCGACAGAACCGCAAUCGACCAAUGACGAGGACACACCAAUGCAGCCAGCCGCAGAGACGGCAACAACGGCAACGACAACGAGCACACGACAGGAGCAUAGAUUGGGGUAACGUGACCACCACCUCUUCUCCCGAACUUUAUUCAUCCCACGGAUUUAUGUACUUUAGAAGACGAUCAAGAAUGUGUGAGUUAAAAGAGAG